UUUGCUCAAGAUGCAAAACAUUUGUUAUAUUCCAUGAGAAGAGGUGGAUUCCUGACAUUGGGCAUCCUUGUCCAACUUUCAUGUCUCAGUGUGCGAUUCCCCUUUUAGUCACUAGGGAGAGACCUUUCAACAAGGAAAACAGCUGGUUGACUCCGGGUCCAACAGCAGUCAAACAGACAGGGCAGCCAGCCGCAGUCAUCCUCAUCAACCGCACGCCGAUCUGCGGAUCACAUCGUCCACGGGAUGGAUAACUACAUCGCCGAACCUGACCCAUCCCGUCAGCGCAAUGGUGUCGUGGAAGGGCUUUAUGGAGAAUUCACGGACUCGCUCAACGCAAGGGUCAGAUAUUCUGUGAGUUUGACUGAGAGUGCUCUCACUAUUCAAAAGAUCUCAUCGUCACCUGGACAGGAUGAGGUGGUUUUCCAUUUAGCUGACUGUCUUGGCUGCCGGGCUUAUAAAGUGGAGGACGAAGCGGACGUUGGGGCGUUCUUUACAGCCUAUUUCUACCCGCUCAAGAGGCGAUGGAUAAGCACAGGCAUGGCCCGGCAGAAAGUAGAGCAGUGCUUUCGGGUCGCACUGGUCCAGGACCCUCUCACUAAUCUUCAAGAGGCAGAGAGAUGGGCGCGUGCCAUCAGAGAGGCUUCUAUCCGCCAGAUACCCCGACGACAUGAUGUGAAGUACUAUGAGGUACGGCGGCCCUGCAGGGUCAUGGUUCUGGUGAACCCCCAGAGUGGGCGGGGCCAGGCUCUCCAGCUUUUCUCCGGGCAAAUCGAGCCCAUGCUCACCGAGGCUUCAGUCCCCUACACAUUGGUCAUCACUGAGCACCAGAACCAUGCGAGGGACCUGGUGAGAGAGACUGAUCUGUCACAGUGGGACGCUCUGGUCAUCCUGUCAGGAGACGGGCUGCUGUUCGAGGUGUUGAAUGGUCUUCUGGAGAGAGAGGACUGGGAGGAGGCCAUCCAGACCCCACUGGGCAUCUUACCAGGGGGCUCGGGCAAUGCCCUGGCAGCCUCCGUCCACCACUACACUAAGUCUCCCCCGGCCUGGGGUAAGGAGCUGCUGCUGAGCUGUGGCUUCCUGCUGUGUAAAGGCCUGGUGACUCGGCUGGACCUGGUCUCUGUCCACCUGGCCUCCAGCCAGCGCAUCUUCUCCUUCCUCUCCCUGGCCUGGGGCUUCGUGGCCGACGUCGACAUCGAGAGCGAGAAGUACCGCCUCGUUGGCCCCAUGCGAUUCCUGGUGGGUACACUGAUGCGCCUGGCAUCCCUCAAGGUUUAUCAGGGUAGGCUGGCAUACCUGCCUGCUCCUUCCUUCACACCCCAGAACUCCUCCCUCUGCUCCUCUCUACCCUGUGGGCCCAACAGCUCCCCCAAUCAGAACUCUCGCCACAACCACAGCACAAACUCCAACCACAACACCGCCCACAACUCCUCCAACAUUGCCAUCACAACCAUGAGGACCGAGCCCCAACCAGUCAACCAGAAGGGGCCUCCUGACUCGCUCCUAGCAGACCUGGAGCAGCCGGUGCCUGAGCAUUGGACAAUAGUGAAUGAGGAAGACUUUGUACUGGUAUUGGCCAUGUUCCAGUCCCACUUGGCUGAGGACCUGUUUGCCGCCCCUGGGGCCGCAGCAGACGACGGCUUCAUCCACCUGUUGUAUGUGCGUGCAGGCAUCUCCAGACUAGCCCUGCUCACACUCUUCAUGACCAUGGAGAAGGGGGGCCACCUGGCUAUUGGCUGCCCACACCUUGUGUAUGAGAGGGUGAAGGCCUUUCGCCUGGAGCCUCUGUCCCCCGAGGGAGCGAUCACUGUGGACGGGGAGAUGGUGGAGUACGGGCCAGUACAGGCCCAGGUUCAUGAAGGAAUCGCCAGGCUCAUCUCAGGCUGAGAAUCUACUCAGAGCGUCUGUCCUCCCCACAGCUCUGACUUCUCACUCCCUUUCUUACUCUGUCUACUGUAUAUACAAAGUGCCAAAGACGUUAUAUCAGCCUUUGGAAAAGAUAUAUCUCUGUGUCCUGUUUUUUAGAGAUCCCUCCCUUUCCUCUCCACGCUUCAUUCAGGGUCAAAGCCAUGGAUGUUCUUGCAGCUGGCUGGUCUCAGCUAAGAUUGUGUGUGUAUGAUAGUGUGUUGUGAGCGGUGUGUUUAGUAGGGAGGGGCCCACGGCUGAGGAGUACCUUGUGUGCUCCGCUGUCUGACUUAAUAAGUGUGACACACGUGAAGAGAAGCACAUUCUUUUGUCCCACGAGGAUGUGGCAGGCAACCAGCUCUACGCCCGCUAUCUAGCCCCGGGGUAAUGAUUCUGUGGAGGAUGAGACACGGGCCUGACAUGAAGCCCUUCCCCCCUCAGGAUAUACUGUUCGAGUCAUGGAUGUAGGUUUUCUAUGGAGAAGCACAAUGUGGGAGAAUGCAGCAUUGUAGACCUCCACCAAUGAUAUUAGGUUACUCUUCUCUCUCUCAUCAGUGACAACCUCCACUUUACCUCUAUGUUUAAUGGAUGGGGUGGAAGGGGUUAGGUGCUAGUGAGGUUGUGUUAAAGCAGCCUGGAGGUUCAGGAACCUGGCCAGCUGAGGUUACCUUCUUGUAUAUCUCGCCUGUCUCCUACCCUGCUGCUGCUGCAGCUCUAGCCAACAUGCUUCUUGGACCACCUCCUUCCUGACACACACACAAACACACAGGCUUGACUCCCUUUCAGAUCUGGAGCACUUAGCAAGGAGGGGGAUGGUCUCGUCUGCUACAUAUGAUCCCUUUCUGCUAGCUGUGUUAAGAUUGUACUCCCUCGUCCUUCACAAGAUUUUGGAGCCAUCAGCACCUAAUGUGUCCUUAUUCUGAAGCUUUAUGGGUGAAUGAAAAAUACUAGCUGAUAGAACUACAAGCAGUUGAAGAAGAUACAGUACCAUUGUCGAUUUUUAUGAACGGUUUUAUUGUAGAUAAAAUAAUAUAACUAUUUCUGUUGUUUUCUGUCCAAGCACACACUAAGAAGGGAAACAGGGUUUUGCACUACGCAGCACUGCAUGGGUCAGUGGGUUUUGCACAUUGACUCGAUCAAUAAGAGUUGGAGCGACCAGGCCAGAGUGCUGUGCUCUCUGCUGGGGCCCUUUCUUGUCAGGGUGAUGAUGAGCAUUAGUGCACUGGAGCAGAGACAAGCGCAAAUGUGAGCAUUAUCAUCAGUUCUCCUCACACCAGUUCAUGCCAGGUCGGGUUCAGCCCUGAGAUAUAACAAUUACUGGUUUAACUAAUCCUAGAGCACACACUUGGUUUGGUUUGGCUCAAAAUGUACAAUGGGUGGAAUGGUUUUAAUGCACUGUAUAAUGAAUCUAAAAUGAUGCUUAAAUGACUCUACCUGAAGGUAUGCUGACUGCAGAUGUGAUAUUAACUUCUCCCAAUCUGAUUUCAAUCUUCCAUUUCUGUGCCUGUACUUGACUUUGAUAUGCCUUUAGAUAAAUACAAGUUCACGUUUUAUUUGUCACAUGCACAAGUACAGUGAAAUGCUUAACUUGAAAGCCCUAUAAUUAAUAAGAAAAAAAACAAGCGGGAAAAAAACACAAGAAAUAAGAAAGGAGAGAGGAAGCUAUAUACAGGGUCAGGGCCAGUACCACAUUUACAACGUACAGAGAUACUGGAGUAUUGAGGUAGAUAGGUAAAUGUAGGCAGGGAUUAAGAGAAAGUGACUGGAAGCAGGAUAAUUAUUAUAAUUAUUAUAAGCAAUUAUUAUAAUCAUAUUAAACAUACUGUACGGUACCUUUUACCCCAUACAUACCUAUCUACCUACCUAAUCCUCAUUCGUCAGGCUCUACUGGUGGUAUUGACUAGGUCAUAGACCAUGCAUUCACAAGUAAAAGCACAUAUCCAAAUUGAGAGAUUAUGCAAAUUCUUCCAAUGUGGCCGUUCUGGGACGCCUCACUGCUCUUUAUGCAGUGUGAGGGGUCCCCCUAGUGGAUUUACCUUAACCAGUCAUUGCAGUGCAAGUGGUGGAAGUUCUGACAAAGUACUUGCACAUUUGUUUCUAUGGUACAACAGUAGAACUGUAUAAAAUCUUAUGAUAGCUUACUUUCAUUCUUUGUAUGUUUGGUUGCAUUGAUUCACUAGCAUACUGGUAUCCAGGUUAUGAAAACAAUUACGAGCCAUUUUGAAUUAAACUACAAUCACUUAUCAUAUUUCCAUCUGAAUAUCACAAACCUCCAUUUGAAUCACCUCAGGUACGGUAGCUCAUGCUAGACUGUAUACUGAGUAUCAUCUCUCCUCAACCGAAUAUAAUCUCUCCUCAACCGAACAGACAAGCGGACAUCCAUUGCUGACCCUGGCUGACCCUAGUGACUGUUAUGUAAUAUGUACAAAAAACAACCGCUCUCAACACAUCUGAGUGGAGUAACUGCAAUUGUGUUGAACUACUGUUAUGUUCUCUGUCCUGUACCCUUGGCAGGUAGGGUGGACUGUGGAGUGACUACAUCAUAGUACUGUUAUCUUCUCUGUCCUGUACCCUUGGCAGGUAGGGUGGACUGUGGAGUGACUACAUCAUAGUACUGUUAUCUUCUCUGUCCUGUACCCUUGGCAGGUAGGGUGGACUGUGGAGUGACUACAUCAUAGUACUGUUAUCUUCUCUGUCCUUGUACCCUUGGCAGGUAGGGUGGACUGUGGAGUGACUACAUCAUAGUACUGUUAUCUUCUCUGUCCUGUACCCUUGGCAGGUAGGGUGGACUGUGGAGUGACUACACCAUAGUACUGUUAUUAAUAUUUAAAAACUGCUGUAGUCUUCUCAUUGCAUUCAUGUCAUUUUUUAUGUAAUCAUUCCCAUGUAGGAGAGAGAUCUAUAUUUUCCCAGGGUUUCAUUUAGUAAGAACCACAACUAAAUACAUGAAUCAUGCUGUAUCGACUGUCUGAAUGGUAAUAAAAUUCCCCAAUUCUUCAAGA